GAUAGUCUGGGAGUUUCUGCUGGCUAGUGUGUCAAGCCGUUUGAAGGCGUCUCUCAUUGGAGUGUAUUGGAUGUGCUAUUUACUGCUCGGCUUUGUUUUUUACUUCAUGCAGACCAACGCUGGAGAGGCGAUUUUUUUUCUGGCAGCGCAGACUGCAACACCCUACUGAGACAUCAGCUCUGUUUACAUCCCACUGCCAUGCAGUUCAUGGCAUUGCCGUGUGGAGAUAACUUGAUCUCCCAUCUUUUGCCCUUUGGCCCAUCCCAUUUGUGAGGACAGUGAUCCAAAGCACUACCUGAACUAAACCCUGGACAGGCCUGAACGGCGGGAAGGCUCUCCCUGUGGCUCCAUUAGCCAACUUCACCAGAUGGCCAGCAGUGACAGUGAGGGCUGCGGUGGGCGGGAUAGGGUCAAUCUAGAAUCAGGGUUGGGAUUGGCUUCUGAGGGGAGUGACAGUAGCCAUGACCACCCGACCUCGCCGGGAUCCCCGCAUGAUGACAGGAAGCGGCCAUGCCCCCCUUUACACGAGGAUGUAGAGAUGGGUGGCAGUGGUUCGAGUGGGAGUGGGACGGAAUCCCAUGGCAACGAGUCGCACGGCAAUGAGUCUCAUGGCAAUGAGUCUGUGGGCAGCUCAAAUGGCAAUGGCAAGGAUUCUGCUCUCCUGGAGUCCUCAGGGAGCAACAAGAGCUCAAAUUCUCACAGCCCUUCGCCACCUAGCAGCUCCAACGCCUUCAGUCUGGUGAGCUCCGAGCAGGACAACCCCUCAACCAGUGGCUGUAGCAGCGAACAGUCAGCCAAAGCUAAGACACAGAAGGAGCUUUUCAAGACCCUCAAGGAGCUGAAGAUGCACUUGCCAUCGGAAAAGAGGAGCAAGGGCAAGUCCAGCACUGUCAACACGCUCAAAUACGCGCUGCGAUGUGUCAAACAGGUGAAAGCCAAUGAGGAAUACUACCAGAUGCUGAUGAUUAAUGACAGUCAGCCACCAGGGUUUGAUGUGUCAUCGUACACCAUUGAGGAAAUCAACAGCAUCACCUCUGAAUACACCCUCAAAAACACUGAUAUAUUUGCAGUAGCUGUCUCACUCAUCACGGGGAAGAUUGUUUACAUCUCAGACCAGGCAGCAUCCAUCUUGAACUGCAAGCAGGAGGUGUUUAACAAUGCCAAGUUUGUGGAGUUCUUAACGCCUCAGGAUGUCAGUGUGUUCUACAGCUUCACCACACCCUACCGCCUGCCCUCAUGGAGCAUGUGCACUGGAGCAGAGUCAUCUCCCACGGAGUGCAUGCAGGAGAAAUCCUUCUUUUGCCGCAUCAGUGGUGGUAAGGAGCAUGAAGGGGAUCUCCAGUACUAUCCCUUCCGUAUGACUCCUUACCUGAUGAAAGUCCAGGACGCUGAGCUGGCUGAGGAACAGUUCUGCUGCCUUCUGCUGGCUGAGAGGGUGCACUCAGGAUAUGAAGCACCCAGAAUUCCCCCUGACAAACGUAUCUUCACCACUACACACACGCCUAACUGUGUGUUCCAGGAUGUUGAUGAAAGGGCUGUUCCUCUGUUGGGUUACCUCCCUCAGGACCUGAUCGGGACUCCUGUGCUGCUUAAUCUGCACCCAAGUGACCGACCAUUGAUGCUGGCUGUGCAUCGCAAGAUCCUGCAGUAUGCUGGCCAACCAUUCGACCACUCCUCCAUCCGUUUCUGUGCAAGAAAUGGUGAGUACAUCACCAUAGACACCAGCUGGUCCAGCUUUGUGAACCCUUGGAGCCGCAAGGUCUCCUUCGUUAUCGGCAGGCACAAAGUCCGCAUGGGUCCUGUGAAUGAAGAUGUUUUUGCAGCACCUGCUUUCCAUGGGGGGAAGAUCAUGGACUCAGACAUCCAGGAAAUUAGUGAACAGAUUCACAGGCUCCUACUUCAACCAGUCCACAACAUAGGAUCCAGCGGUUAUGGUAGCCACGGCAGCAACGGUUCCCAUGAGCAACUGGUAAACACUGGCUCAUCCAGUGAGAGCAAUGGGAAUAUGACGACGGGGAACACAGCAGAGGAGACUGGCAAGGCCAAGCCUGCCAGGACUUUCCAGGAGAUUUGUAAGGGGGUUCACAUGCUGAAGAACCAGGACUCCCAGGUCUGCCUGCACUCUCAUUCCCCUUCACCCUUACCAUUGCCAUCCAAGCCCGAACAGAAGAAGACCACUGACACUCAGAGGAGUCCAGCAGUACGUCUGAAAGACUCAGCACCCCCUCUGCACAGCAGAGAAAGUACCACCAUAGAGGACUUCACCUGCAAAGACCAGACUGUCUGCUCCUACCAACAGAUUAGCUGUCUCGACAGUGUCAUCAGGUAUCUGGAGAGCUGUAACAUCCCCAUUACAGUAAAGAGGAAGUACCAGUUCUCCUCAAACACCACCUCUUCUAACUCAGAUGAUGACAAGAAGGGCUCAGAGGAUGAUCCUUUGAUGCUAGAUGCCCAGCCAGGCCUGUCAAACAUGAAAGCACCUAAGAAGCCUCCAUCUGGGGCUGCUGCUGUGGUGGGAGGCCCCCUGGCACCUCUUACUCUGCCCAGCAAGGCUGAGAGUGUAGUGUCCAUCACCUCACAGUGCAGCUACAGCAGCACCAUCGUCCACGUGGGAGACAAGAAGCCUCAGCCAGAGUCAGAGAUAAUCGAGGAUGUGGCAGAGAGCCCAGCACCCCCGGCUGUGCCUGUCAACAUAGUGUCUCCACCUAGCCAGGAGAAGGAGACCUACAAGAGGCUAGGACUGACCAAACAGGUACUGGCUGCACACACCCAAAAAGAAGAGCAGGCCUUCCUCAAUCGCUGCCGAGAGCUCCGCAUCGCCAGGAUUUUCCAGAAGGACUGCUCCACAUAUCUGCACAAGCAGAGAGGUCCAGCCAGUGCUGAAGAAUCUUCUAGACUACGAGGUGCUGCCAAACAGGGCACCAAUAGACCCGAGACCGCUCCCAAGAAGGGCAACCGCAACCGAAAGUACAAGAAGCCACGAAUGAAGCAUCCUGAUUCAUCUGACAGCGCUGUGUCUAAUCGCAAACCCCGGCCCCCCCUCCAGGGUCUCAACCAGACCUCGUGGUCCCCGUCAGAAGCCUCACAGUCAGCCUUUAAUGUUUCCUACCCCGCCAUGGUGCCUGCAUACCCGCUAUACCCCCCAGCACCAGCUGCCCCAGCUCAGGCUCCCCGCCCUGACCCCUCCCUCUCCACAGGCUUUGGAGAGGGUCAGGGCACCCAAGCUCCACCUAAUACAUCUCCAUUCCCCACUCCCAUUGUUACACCUGUGGUGGCUCUGGUCCUGCCAAAUUACCUCUUUCCACAAGUAGGACAGUUAGGUCAGAUAGGGCAGCUGGGGAAUGCACCUAGACCAACGUUUUUCUCUGAGCAGACUCCGCCACAACCUGCCUACACUACCCAGCAGCCUUUUCAGACCCCGCAGCCAACCUACACCAUGCAGACUCAAACCUCGUUCACUGGCCAGCAGCCAUUCCCUGUGCAGACUGCCUUUACUCCCCCGCAGCCAUUUCAAGCUGCUCAGACCCCCUAUACCACACAGCAGCCCUUCACUGCCCAGCCUUCUUUCCCAGUGCAGACUCAGUUUGUGACUCAAGCCGCCUUCCCCUACAGCCUCGGCUCCGACCCCCCCAAGGCCCAAGCCAUGGAGCCCCAAGAAGGGGGGGCAUCAGGCUCCUCCACCCCGGCCUCUGCAGCACGUGAGCCAGCAACAUCACCACCUCUGUUUGAGUCACGGUGUAGCUCACCACUGCAGCUCAAUCUGCUGAGCAUGGAGGAGGGGCAGCGCUCAGUGGAACGUCAGGAGGGCACAGCGCCCUGUGCUGGAGGACAGGGCAGCAGUACAGCGGUAGCAUCAGGAGGAGCAGGGGCAGCAGCAGAGAAGAAUGGAGGCACAGCUAAAACUGAAAACCACCAACAGGUGGAGUCUCCAGGAGAUGGAGCCCACAGUGAUUGUAAUUCCUCAUCCUAUGACCUGCUGGACAUCCUGCUGCAGGAGCAGGAGGACUCCCACUCCGGCACCGGAUCAGCCACCUCCGCCUCCAUGGGCUCAGGAUCGGGCUCAGGCUGUAAUGGCUGUGGUACGUCAGCUAGUGGAGCAUCAGGCAGCAGAACAGGGAGUAGCAACACCAGCAAAUACUUUGGCAGUAUUGACUCCCUGGAACAUGACCCCAAGGCCCAAGCCAAGACAAGGGGUGAAGGAGGCUCUGAAGGAGGCCAGACACAAGCCAAAGUCUCAACGCAAUGGGAGGGAGAGCAUUUCAUUAAAUAUGUUCUUCAAGAGCCUCUUUGGCUGCUGAUGGCCAAUGCUGAUGACAAGGUCAUGAUGACAUAUCAAAUGCCAUCAAGGGACAUUCAGAAGGUUCUGCGAGAAGACAAGGAGAGGUUGAGGCAGAUGCAGAAGAGCCAGCCUCACUUCUCCUCAGACCAGCGACGAGAGUUAGUGGAGGAACAUCCCUGGAUGAGGAGGGGAGGUCUCCCUGCUGCUAUCAAUGUGAAGGAGUGUGUGUACUGUGAAGAUGCAGCGGCUGCCCCUAUCGAUGACGACCUGCCAGACAUGCACAUGGGCGAGCUGGGUGAGGCGCUGAGCCGAGAGGUCCAGUCUGCCCAGAGUCAAUCGGAGGAGUCUCAGCCUCAACAGAACUCCUGAACAUACACACCGCCAGCAGGGGGACACGCUAGACCAGCUAUAGACCCUCAUGACAAACAUAUAUACUUGUACAUGCACAUACAUAUUGUGGAUGUGAAACGGUUGUGGGCCAGACCAUCCCUACAAACGCACAUACGCACACACAGUAAGCUGAACUCUGACAGGGAUUUUCCAUUGUAGGAACCUACCGAAACGUGUGGAGCCGAUAAUGCUUGUCAGGGGUUCUGUGUUUGUUUCUAAUGCUGUGUGCCUGCAUUGGAGGUGCCUUCUGGGAGCUAAAUUUCAGCACCCCUCAUGAGAUAUAUUAAAAUCAAGUACCAGGAAUGGGUAGUCCAAUGGCAGAGUGCUCUGUGUACAUGCACAGAGCAGUCUGCCAUUGGUUAAAUGUCUGCUCUUCACCCCUCAAUCAUUAGCACUACAAGCAGGGUGUGUAAAGAGGCACUUAUAUCUGGUUUCGUGGUAAAACAGGAUCUUCGGUGAGUGGACCAAAGGCAAAGCAGUGAAGAUGUCACAUUUCUGCAAGUCUGUGUUCUGCUUGUUCAACAACCGUUUGAUAAGCUGCUCAUACACAAUCUGUUGCACUGUGGAGUGACUUUUCACCUCGUCUUUUCUUCCUCUACUCAGCUGUGAGUGUGUGUGUGAGAGGAGUGUAACCCCUCCCCACUCUGAACAGGGACCGACAGGGAGAAAAUACAAUGGAAAACAAAGCAGGACGGUCAGCAUCAGCCCAGGAGGUUUUGCAGGGUAUACUGCUAAUUAGGUUCUGAUAGUGGACACACAGCAUGAGUUGACAUUGAGGAUGUGUGCCACUCCUGUGUUCAUAUGUUUGUUGGGCGUAGGACUGCUGCUGAAGUACACUUCUUUAUGCACACACUCGGGGGGCAGUAGUGCUUUAUGGAGAUCUUUGUGUCCAUGGCCCUCAUAUAGCACUGCUGCCAUCUCACACACAUGCACGCAAAUCUUUGAAGACCAGCCUGCGUGGUUGGUAACUUCUGGCCUCUGUGAUAUUUGUUUUAUUUAUUUGUUCCUCUGACAAAACAUUUGUCGAUAAACAAUUUUAUAUUGUUAUUUUAAACCCUAUGAACCUCACAGUCCCCUUUGUUUUCCCAUCAGGAACUUAGUAAACUGGUUGUGGUGCUCACUGGACGUUGGAAGGCUCCCACGUCUGUGUCAUGGGUGAGUUUUAAUCUCACCACUCUGCUCAGACCUCAGUAUUUGCAACAUCUAGACACACACUUGACGCAACAGUCAAUUGCACGUCUGCUCAAAAAUGACAAUCUGACACAUAGUGUAAGAUCAUUGUGUCACACUUAUUUUCUACCAAACAUAUUUUCUACACUUGUUUUUUUUUUAAGCCAAAGCCAAAUCUGCCCAGAUCAGCUUAAAGACAAGCCCUUAUAUAUUCACAUCUUAUAGGCAUUGACAUUUACCUCUAUAACAGUAGAAUAACCUCAAGUGUUGUAGGCCUCUGCAGACCUCAGAACAGCACAGGUGCUAUAGAAAAGUGGGCAUCAUCACGAAUGAAGUAGCUGCUGAUUUUUAUUGAAAGCAGCGGUUGAGAGAACGGUGGUUACAGAAACCUAAGUUACAAAAACCUCAACUUUGAAACAGAAGAAAAAUGUUUUAUUCAAAUGAAUGUGAUCCUUUGGAUUAGAAUUUUUCCUUUUCACCUCCAGGCUGAAUCUGUAAAUUAUGCAUUUUUUUCUUUUUUUAAGAAACAUGUAGCCAUGUAAAUUACGGAAUAUUACAAAUAUUGUUGAGAAUUACCUUUACUCUCACUGCAAAAUGGUAUUUUUUAGAACAAAUCAGUACUAUUUUAGGUAUUUAUAAUUUGUGCAAAAUAACAUUGUCUCCUUGCAUCCGUCUCAGACACAUUUCAUUGCUCAUUUUCUCUCACAUUUAUUUAUUUGGAUUUAAAAAACAGAGCAUAGCACAUCUUGAACUGGUUUUCCACACCAAGAAACUUUUGUACAAUACUGGUAUUUUUAAGGCACAAUCAAAGCGCCACCAAGUUUCAGCAGGUGUGUGAAGCAGUCUGGAUCCUUGAUUACUGUGAUAGCUGUUGGUCAGAGAGCUGUAUGACAAUGUGGGAAAACAGUGUUAUAGCACAGUGUUGCAUUAGUAAGCUACUAUAGAAAUGUGGGUUGCAUGUGAAAUGGUAACAUGCUGUACAUGCAUCAGUAACCAUGCCAUCUCCUGAAGUAAUAAGGAAACUGUGAUUCACACUGGCUCCAUAUAGUUGAGAUGAACAGUAUAAGAACUGGAACCAACUCUGGUGCUAAGGAGAAACUGUUGUGAAUGUAACACAGACUGGACCAAGAGCAUGUCACUGGCUUAGUUUGUUAUCAUGAUUUUCUUUUUUCAAUUCGUUGUUCACCUUUUUAUUGUUCUACUUUUCUAUUUUCCCUCCCUCCGGUGUGUUUAGAUUUUAUUUAUUUGAUGACGGUGUAACUUUUUGUGUCAUUGGGAAUGGACCUUUAAUCAAUCCCAGGUCAUGUUACUGUAAACAGAAUAUAGCAUGUGCAUGUGGGCAAAACACAAUGGACCACGUGAUCAGAUACCAGUGAGUGACAGGAUUAGACAGCGAGUCUCUGCCUUGGACUGGUAGAGCUUUAUGGACUUCUUCUGUCUCAGAAUAAAGGCACAGAGGGGACACCACCUUUACCAACUGCUCUUUUUUGUCUUUUCUUUUCUGUGUAGACUAUCUCAAAGGUCAAUGCUCACCUGUGCAUAAACUUAAGAAUGUCAUUCAUUCAUUUGAAAAUUGAAAUGUGGAAGUAAGUUGUUGCCAGAGAAUCAAAUCAAAUCUAAUUUUAUUU